AUUAGAUCUCGCCAAAAACAAAAACAACGUUUCUUAAACCCUUCUCUCAGAGAGAGAGAGAGUUGCAACUGAGAGAGAUAGCAGUAGCCUAGCAGGUUUGUUGUUAUCAGGGGGCUAUAUACAAAGUCAAUAUUUGGUGCAAGCCAACUUCGAGAUCCACGUAUAAUGGGUUUUGAUCUUGGGUCUAUUGACUCCUUUGGCCUCCCUGUAUCUGAGUCUCAGUGUAAAAAAAGGAAAUUUGUGUUAAAUGACACUGAUGCGUCUAUCGUGGGUAAGCUUCCCUGCAGUAUGGAUGCUUCCUUACCUACUUUGUUGUCUUGUGAUUAUUUCAUGGAACCUUGCUUGAGUGAAAUGGCCACUCAAGAACUCCUGAAUCCUGGUUACUGCCGUCGAGUGCGGGAUUUUACUGUUGGGAGAUCUGGUUAUGGGCGUGUUAAGUUUACUGGGGAGACUGAUGUUAGGUGGUUAGAUUUGGAUCAUCUAGUUAAAUUUAGUAGACAUGAACUAGUUGUAUAUGAGGAUGAAAGUUCCAAACCUGUAGUUGGUCAGGGCCUUAACAAGGAAGCAGAAGUAACCUUGGUGGUGCAAAUACGAUAUAGAAAAGAUGGGCUAAUAGCAUUUGUGAAGAAACUGAGGCUCAUCACAGAAAGACAGGGAGCGGAGUUUAUAUCAUUUGAUCCCUCAAACGGGGAAUGGAAAUUCUUAGUUCAUCAUUUUAGCAGAUUUGGCUUGGAUGAAGAUGAUGAGGAAGAUAUUACAAUGGAUGAUGCUGCACCAGAAGUUGAGGAACCUCAUGAGAUUAGUGGUGGUGAAGUUUAUGGAGCUGAUGACAAAAAUGCCAUUAUUGAUCCAACUUUGCUUUCACAUUCCCUUCCUUCUCACCUUGGUCUUGAUCCAGUGAAAAUGAGGGACAUGCGAAUGAUGAUGUUCUCUGCUGAGGAUGAGGAUGAGUAUUCUGAGGAAAUGAAUGGUUCAAUGUCACAUCAGAAGCAGUUCUUCCAUAAUCAAUCCAAACGGUCUCCUCUGAAACAGGCUUCUCGCAGGACGGUCCACAGACCUAGCCCCCCUGCUAUAAGAAAGACACCAUUAGCUCUGCUGGAAUAUAAUCCUGGUAAUUUUGAGUCUAGCCCACCCGGGUCCAUUUUAAUGGCCCAACAGAAUAAGGGCCUAUCUCUUAAGCCAACAAAACUAGACGGAUUUAAACUGGAUAUGAAGCAUGAUUCACCGGUUACAGCAAGCCAUUCUCGUAAUGUAGUUGAUGCAUCAUUGUUCAUGGGUAGGUCAUUUGGGGUAGGAUGGGGUCCUAAUGGCAUCCUUGUUCACGCUGGUGCGCCUGUUGGGAAUAGUAACUCGAGAGAAAUAUCUUCAGUUGUCAAUUUAGAGAAGGUUGCUUUCGACAAAGUGGUUCGAGAUGAAAAUAACCAAGUCAGUGAUGAUCUUAUUGAUUUCUGUUUUGAUUCUCCAUUGAAAUUUCACAUGGAACUAAAGCACGAAACAAAAGAAAUUGGUACUGGAUCCUGUAAACUAAAGCUCCAGAAACUUGUCUGUGAUCCCUUGCUGCUUUCAGAUACUUGCCGGGGAUAUAUAGGGAUCACAGAAGAGCAACUAGAGGUCCCUGGGUUAACUUCCUAUGCUCGUGUAAUCCUAAUGCACCAAGUACAGGUGUGGGAGUUGAUAAAAGUCCUUUUUUCCUUGAAGGAAUCACGAGCGCGGUCAAAUGUACUGGAAGACAGUCAGGACGACACAAUGCAAGAUAGGAAGGAUAGCGAUCAAGACAUUGACCAAGAAGCACUAGAGUUGAUUAGGAGGGCUGAGUUCAGUUACUGGUUACAAGAGAGUGUCUGCCAUCGUGUACAGGAAGAAUUAAGCUCGUCGGAUGAAUCAAAUGAUUUACAGCAAAUAUUCCUGCUUUUAACUGGGAGACAACUGGAUGCUGCUGUAGAACUGUCUGCUUCUAGAGGAGAUGUUAGACUAGCAUGUCUGUUAAGUCAGGCUGGUGGGUCCACGGUAAAUCGGUCGGAUAUUUUCAAACAGCUUGAAAUAUGGAGAAAUAAUGGUUUGGACUUUAACUUUAUUGAGACAGACAGAACAAGACUAUUUGAGUUGCUUGCGGGUAAUAUUCAUGGAGCUUUAGACGGCUUAAAUAUUGACUGGAAAAGAUUUUUAGGGUUAUUGAUGUGGUAUAACCUUCCACCGGAAACUUCUUUGCCAGCUAUUUUUCAAACGUAUCAGAAGCUUCUUAAUGAUGGAAUGGCACCUGAUCCUGUCCCUGUUUAUAUUGAUGAAGGAGCAGUAGAAGAAGGUAUGACAAGGGAUACAGUGGAGCGGUUUGACAUUGCAUAUUAUCUCAUGCUUCUUCAUGCUAGUGGAGAAAGCAAAUAUAGCGUUGUGAAGACCAUGUUCAGUGCUUUUGCUUCAACAAAAGAUCCACUUGACUAUCAUAUAAUAUGGCACCAACGUGCAGUAUUACAAGCAUUAGGAACUUUCAAUUCGAAUGAUCUUCAUGUGCUUGAUAUGGGACUAGUUUCUCAGCUAUUGUCUGUGGGAAAAUGUCACUGGGCCAUUUAUGUGGUGCUUCACAUGCCCUAUCGCGAUGAUUUUCCUAAUCUGCAGGCCAGCGUUAUCAGCGAAAUCUUAUUCCUGUAUUGUGAAACUUGGAGUUCUCAAGAAUCACAAAUCCAGUUUAUUGAGGAAUUGGGAAUUCCUCCAUCAUGGAUGGACGAGGCUCUGGCAGUUUAUUCUACUUAUUGUGGUGAUCUGCCCAAAGCCCUUGAGCAUUUUCUGCGAUGUGCAAACUGGCAAAAGGCACAUUCAGUAUUUGUGACUUCUGUUGCUCAUUCUUUGUUUUUGUCAGAUGAACAUUCAGAGGUAUGGAGGCUUGCAAUUUCAAUGGAAGCUCACAAGUCAGAAAUUGAAAAUUGGGAUUUGGGAGCGGGAAUAUACAUAUCCUUUUAUCAACUUAAAAGUUCCUUGCAAGAAGACAUGGAUACCAUGAAUGAAAUGGAUUCUCUUGAAAGUAAAAACGAAGAAUGUAGAAACUUUUUAAGUUGCUUAAAUGAGUCUUUGACAAAGUUUGGUAGCAAGUUGCCUAUUGAUGCAAGAGUCGCAUAUUCAAAGAUGGCUGAAGAGGUCAGCAAUUUGCUUUUAGCUGAUAAUAGUGAAGGGGUGACAUGUGAGAUUCAGUUGAGCUGCUUCAAUACCGUAUUCAGUGCACCUAUCCCUGAAAACCUCCAGUCAAAUCAUUUGCAUGAUGCAGUAUCAGUUUUUACGAGUUAUCUUUCUGAGGUAGCCUCAUAGUCCCUACACGUGUAUGUGUUCGUAUUCUUUUAUGUCUAAAUUAUGCAACCAGGGCGAAAAAGAAGACCUCUCUUCUCUCAAUGUGUUUAUAUUUUGUAGCUUCUGUAUGUGUCUGUAAUUGUGUUGCAGAUAACAUGUAUCAUUUGUGAUUUUCAUUCCAACAGCUCUACGACAUAUGCUUUCUGUACGAUUCUCUUAAUUUGAGCUGGUUUAUAUACUUAUACCAAUUUUUUUU